UUUUGACAAAUCGGCUGACCUUGUGCGCCCUGCGCAGCCUGCAUUCGCUUCGGUUGAUUUUAUUCUGCACAGAAAAGGAGCGAACAAGCAAGACUAUCGUAUUUAUUCUGUCCAUCUAGUCUCAUUAAUAACUACCAUAUGCACGUAGACAUUUAUUAAUUUUUAGUAGUGAAUUACUUUAGUAAUAACAGUGGGGCGGAGAAAUGCCUUUGUUUGGUAAAAAGGAUUUUGGUAGGAAAUCCAAAAAAGAUGGUCGAGAUUCGGAGAAGCAACCAUCCAUCGAGGAUAAGUAUAUCGUCAAAGAUUUAUUGGGCACUGGUGCUUUUUCAGAAGUUCGUUUGAUAGAGAGUAAAGACAAUGGCCAGAUGUUCGCCUGCAAAAUUAUUGACAAGAAGGCACUAAAGGGGAAGGAAGACUCCUUAGAAAAUGAAAUCAGAGUAUUGAAGAGAUUCAGUGAGCAAGACAAAGGUGAGGGAGCCGAAAAGAAGAUGUUUUCCCAUCCAAAUAUAGUGCAGUUGUUGGAGACAUAUGAAGACAAAAACAAGGUGUAUCUUGUGAUGGAGCUAGUGACAGGGGGUGAAUUGUUUGACCGUAUUGUAGAGAAAGGUUCCUACACGGAGAAAGAUGCAUCUAAUCUCAUAAGGCAAGUGUUGGAGGCAGUGGAUUACAUGCACUCACAGGGUGUGGUACACAGGGAUCUUAAACCUGAAAACCUCCUGUAUUAUAGUGCUGAUGAAGACAGCAAAAUUAUGAUAAGCGAUUUUGGUCUGUCUAAGAUAGAGGACUCUGGUAUCAUGGCUACUGCUUGUGGUACUCCUGGAUAUGUGGCCCCGGAAGUUCUGGCCCAAAAGCCAUAUGGCAAGGCAGUGGAUGUGUGGAGUAUAGGUGUCAUUUCAUACAUUUUAUUAUGUGGUUAUCCACCAUUCUAUGAUGAAAAUGAUGCAAAUCUGUUUGCCCAAAUUUUGAAAGGUGAAUUUGAGUUUGACUCGCCAUACUGGGAUGAUAUCAGUGACUCGGCCAAGGAUUUCAUCCGUCACUUAAUGUGUGUUGAUGUGGACAAGAGAUACACUUGCAAACAAGCACUGGCACACCCAUGGAUAUCAGGGAAUGCUGCGAGCAACAAGAACAUCCAUGGAACUGUAUCUGAACAGCUCAAGAAGAACUUUGCUAAGUCGCGCUGGAAACAAGCGUACCAUGCGACCACUGUUAUCAGACAAAUGCAGAAGAUGGCUUUAAACAGUAGCAGCUCGAGCCGCAACAUGCAGAAUAAACAGUAAAUCCUGUGAGCCCCUCACCACCUACAAACAAGACACAUCAUAAAGGUACUUAAUUUAAUAUUCAGAAACAAUAUCCAAAUAAAAUAAUGACAACCGAUUCCUAUAUCCAAAUCAUACAACUUUGUAUUAGUGGGUAUACUACAUUUUGACAGUUGAUUGGAUCCUAAUACGUGUUUAACAAAAUUGGCUCCUUAUUGACACAACAGCAUUUGAGGCACUUGUUAGAAUGGUGUACAUGUCAGACUAAUUGAAAUUCAUUGUCACAGCCAACACUCAAGUCAUCUUUAACCUAUAAUUAUAUAUAUGAAUUGUAUGUAUACAUCAGCGCUUUAAAAAAAUUAUCACGAUAUUGCUUAUAUUAGUAACUUUAAGCAUUUAGAUAAUAUUUAAAAAUCAACGAAAUGUUAUGAAUAAGACAGUAUGUCUAGUCAUUUUAUCAUUUCUACUCAAGUAUACAUACAUAUUUCUAUUAAAACUUAUUGACAAUUGCUGUGGUACAUGACUUUGCUUAAACUAUUAUGAAAUUUCUGUUUUCAUCUGCUUUUUUGAAUCUCAUGUCUCUUGAAUGAUGUUGUAAAAAUGCGAUUGAAUGUAAAUGUCUAAAAAAAUGUAUGCAAUGUAAUCUUGUAUAAUGCAAUUUACUACCUUAUUAAUUUUAUAUAUCCUAACUAAUUAAACAUCUUAAAAUUUUUGAUCAAUAGUGAUUAGGUAGGUUUAAAAAAUCUUUUUGAAGAUAACUGACUAAUGCUAAGGAUAUUGGUGAUAAUCACUUUCUAAUGAUAAGAUCUGUUGAGAAAUUCAUAGCUAAUGAAAUUAUCAUGUUAAUGAAUAUUUACAAAUUACGGUUAAAUAUGCUAAAUGGUAAGUAAUUUUUAAGCUGUGCAUUAACCAAAAUACAACAGUAGUGUUGCUACUAAAAUCUAUUCAUUGGUAGUCAAAUUGUAAUAUUCUAUCUUAUCCUUGAAUUACAUACCUACCUAGUAAUUCAUUUAAUGAUUAAACUAUUAUGUAUUAUAUAUGUUAUCCCUAGUAUAGAUAAUAUAACCUUUUUGUCUGGUUAGACACACACAUGUUGAAUUAGAAAUCUUAGUGGAAGUUAAAAUAGUGCACUGUUGGAUUCAAUGUUAUAACACAGAACAAUACUCCUUACACAGUUACAUACGAAAGCGUCUUUAGAUUGAGUAAGUGUAUUUGAAAAUAUAUUUGCUAUUAUCUCAUAUACUGGCCUAAUGACUUAUUGAUGUUGUGUCCAAGUGCCAGAAGCAUUGCUUUUGUAGAUUUUGCAGGUGUCUUAAUUCGUGGUAAUGAUGACCUGCAAGACUGAUAUAGCGCAAUAUAAGGUAUUAGAAAUUGUUUCUAUACUUUAACUAUUUAUUAACAGUUUAAUUCAUGGAUCAGUCAUAGUUGAAUCUCAUUCUAUUUUCAUAACUGUCUUAACAGCUCUCUUCAAGAAGCAUGACAUUUUAUUAUCUUUUAAAAUGAGUAGUAUGUCAUGUGGACUAAGAAAACGAUUUAUAUACAGUAAAUUAUUAAGUAUAUAAUAUCAACAAAUAAAUGAGCCAUAUCAGAUCUUAUACAUUCCUUUCUAUAAAAGCGUUAUUGGAGUAAUAAUAAUUUUCACAUUGUCAACAUUCCAUUUACAUAUUUCAACAAUGGCAGUUAAUGCCAAUGAAUGUUUUAAAAAAUGUUUUAAAUGGAUUUGAUGAGUAGCGAGUAAAAUAUGUAUAAGAAUUCAAAUAUUUUGCGUUACUUCUCGUCAUUAUUUUUAUACAUUUUAUCUUUGUCAUUAUAGACAAAAAAAUAUAUAUUUUUGAAUUGAAAUUGGAAACAUUCCAUUUUAAAACGAAGAUAGGAACUUAUUAGAUUUUCCAUUAUGAUUGUUCACUUUACAAAUACAUAAUUAACAAAGAUACAUUCGCAUUUAUAUGAAUGUAUCUCCGUCCAUAUUCCAAUAUAUAGGACUAAUUUCGUAAGUCACUACUUAAGAUUUGCAUUGUACUUACUACUUUGCUGUAUGACCCGCCUGAAUGAAUAAUUACAAAUGUUUACGUACACAGGUAACGUGUAGCUUAAUUGAUUGACUUCGUACGACUUCAUUCUUUCACCUUUGAUUUUUUUAGCAAGUCUUCUCAAGUUCUAAAUUUCUUACUAAUGCUAAAAAAGGUGUCUCAUUCCCACGAAUUUUAAACAUUACUUAUGUUUUUUAAAAAUAAAUAAAUUUACUUAAAUGCCUUUAUAAUUUAAUGUUAAAUUGGACAUGAAGUUCUAAGAAAAUAUCUAAUUCAAAUGUUUCAAUGUAGGAUAACAAAUUAAUUAAAAUAUUUUUAACUUCUUCAUAUUCUUUCUUCGUAGUUUGUAUGGAUUUUUCAAUCGUGCCUGAGAACGUAUGCUAUAAAUUUCGCCAUGCGACACCCAUUUUGAUACGGGCAGCCUACAUCUGUUGUUAUUUAACUCGAAGGUCACAAAAGUAUGAGUACGUUCUGGCAAAUUAAAUGACAAUAAUGCUUAACCCGUAUCAAAGAGUAGUAGAGUCGAUUUUAACACUACAUGUGUGAACUCUGUAAUUCUAUCAAACAUGUGGACGCCCCCUUAUAUCUGGCGCCCUGGGACCUAACCCAACCACUUCCUACUAUUCUGAAUGUUUUGUUGUUUAGUUUUAAUGUUUUAUUUUUAAUCGUAAUCUCUUCUAGUUUCGAACAUAAUUCAUUGUAGUACCUUUAAUUUACUAUAAAGAAAAUAUAAUAUGCUUUUUCAUAAUGGUUAAUUCGCUACUGUUCCUCAAUAUCGUAACCCGAUUUAAUAAAUAUGAUUAAACUACAGACAUAUUAUCUACAUCCAAUAAUUUUGCAAAGUUUUUAUAACAUACUGAGAAUAGCACUCUAAAAUGUUGAUUACUAUUCUUUAUUAAGAAGGUAGUGCUUAUUGUUAUAAAGCAAAGGAAUGCUUAAAUAUACUAAGUGUAGUGAUGUUUACUAAUUAAUCGUCUAAAUGCGCCUUAAUCUGUGUACUAGUUUUCUGUGGUCCUUAUCAUGUUGCGUACUUGUAAGACCGCUCUGUUAUUAUUGUACGGUCCAUGUAGCUUCUGUUAUCUUAUCGUCUUGGUAAAAAUAUUGAAAUGUUUUGAUGAUCUUAUAAAUAAAUUGUAUAAGUGCCAUGUGUAAUUUAAUGUAUUUUUAUUUAUGUAUGUAAUUCAAUUAAUUUAUAAGUUUUAACAUUUGAAUGUUUAUGAGUGUUAUAUUUAUUAUUCAAUGAGUAGACUUAAUGGAAUAGAAACCGAUACAAGCAAUGGAAUGUUAAUAAGCACGGUUUUCUCUGCAGGUCUACGAUCAACUUUUACGGAACGAUUCCAAUGCAACUCAGUUCAAUUUAGGAACCUAAAAUAAAUCGCAUUAAUAGUAAAAAUUAACUUGAUGAAUUUGCGAUCAGUCAGUUUCUGUCGCAAAGUGAAUCAAUCAAUAUGUUUAUUUGCUUGCGUUGGUACAUAAAAUAUACCCUUAUGCAUUUCACCCUUGCAGAGGCAGGCAAAUUUAUAAAAAUUAUAACAUGGUAAGCCCCCUGGAUUCUUACACGUUAUAAAAUUUAAUAAAUAAAUUUAAAUGUUGUAAUAAAUAAACGAUUUUUUGCUAAUGUACUAAAAAUACUAGAUAUUAUUUGGCUAUUCUUUUCGUAGCUCAUGGCUCCUUAAUCUAAGUAUGGGAUCGAUAUUAACGUCGUCGUGUGAUUUCAGAUUUAAUACAAAAUACAAUAGUUGUAAAUGAUGUAAAAACCAUUUUUAUUUGCUAGAAAUUUUGUCUAUUGAUCUAACUUUUUGAGAUUAUUAAACGUUGUGUUGUAUUGGAUCCUAUUCCAAAAAUAAUUACAGGUAUCCUUUUAUCUAAAUUUGUUUGUUGCGCACAAUAUUUUAUGAGUAUAAACUAUAAAUUUUAGAAAUGUAUCGAAUUUUAAAUCAAUUUGGUUUAACAAUUGUCAUUAAUUAUUAAGUGAUUUUUUUAGUAAGUGCCAGAGUUGAAUAUUUUUGGUUUUGCACAAACAUAUCUGUAAAACUGUAGUGUUAUUUAUAGUUUUAAAUAAUAUAUAGACGUGUUAUUGUGAUCUUGCCCUAUUUACACAGUUAUUAGCGUAAUGUUAUUGAAUCGUGUUUGCUCUCUUUCCCCACUUGUUAUUACAUUUUCGGUCAACAAAAGAAGUUAUUUUUUGUUCGCAUUGCAUUUUUUCUAUCAGAAAAAAAAAAAACAACGAAAUGACGGAUAUUGAAACCAAUUUUAUAUUUUAAAAAACAAAAGUAAAAACUUUCGAUCUAACUCUUAACAUAGGAAAUCUGUUCAUAUUUGAUUUAAAUGUAUCUAACGUAUACACUUUACUUUAAUUCCAUUGCUUAGAAAAGCGGAACUCCUAUUUAAGUUCUAGACUACCUAUCUAUUUCAGUAGUUUUCAAUGAUAGGUUUCUCACCGAUAAAAUAAUCUCAACAAAUCGCUCUCUCUCACAUCUCACCAAAAAGUGAAACAGAAACUCGUCCAUAGAAAAUUAAUAUACCUAUAUAUACUUAGUUUUAUUAUAUUUUACGUGUCUAUAGCCAUAAUACAUUCGAAUAUCUUCUUUUGUUGGCCUGCUAUUGAAUUUGUUACUGUGCCAAAAUCAUAUCAUUGUCAGUGAUCGAAAUUAAUAUUUAUAUCAUAAGGUUAUUUUCGUUUAACGAUUUUAUUUUUGAUUAUCUUUUACCUUGAACUUUGACAAAAAAAUAUUUACAGUUUUAACUAUCGCGGAUGCGUAUUCUGUAAUGUCUCAAAUUGGCAACAGUAGUUUUACGCACCAGCUUCAGUUAACCAUAUACAGAGCUAAGAUAUUCAAGUUCCUUGACACAUAAUCUUAUGUAUUUUGUUUACUCGUUUAUAUUGUUUAGUGUAAGAGUAACUUAAUAUACAUAUUUGCUAUUU